AAUUAUUUCGUUACUCCCACCGACGCAGCCCCAAGCAGUUUCUUUGGAAACAGUCAGCCCUUAAUCCAAGUCAAUAGUUUUGGGAAUCACGUGACCUUUUGCGUAGCUAGGGCUGGUUUCUUGUCUUUGUUUCAAUUUGAAAAUUCCAACUGUUCUUAGCGAAAGUCUUGCAAGGAAAACCAGUUGCUUUACAGUUUAAGUCCUUAGGGCUAGUUGUUCGAAGGGCUGUUGGCGCUAAUUAGAACUACAGGUUGGAUUGGGUUUUGAUCCACCUUGUAUAGAAGUAUCUGUCAUAGCUGAGAAAUGAAGGAAACGAAGUAAGCAACUAGAUGUGUUUCCAAAUCUCAAACCCUAAGUAACUCAGGGUUUGCUAAAUCAUGUUUGAAUAACCCGGCCCGAGAGAGACAACCUGUCGUUUCCGAGGCAGACUGAUUCCUAAGUCACAGGUAACAGUGUUUGGGUCAAAUUAAAUUUUUGAAAAUUCCUGGUUGAAAUUUGUUACGAAUAGUGCAUUUGAAGGAUAUUAAGAAUAGUUGUAGGCGAAGCUUUUACCAUGGAGUGGAACUGGUCAGGCUACAUAUUUUUUAGAGUUUUCUGCUGGAAGUAUUGAAUUCUGCACUUCUCUGUUGAUACCAGACAAUAGAGGUGGAACAUUUAUGUGUUUAACAUGUAUGCACCUGCUCUCCUGUUGCUCUCCAUCAAUCUAGUCAUAUCAAGAGUGAAACUUCACUGCUCUGAUCAGGUUAUAAAUUAUGAAUUUUCGAACGAGUUUAACGCCUCAAGAUGGCUGUGUUUGAAAAAAAUGUUGUCCUCGUUGUUAGCUUUAUUUUUGCGGCUUUACGCUUAGUACAGCUUGCCACAAUACCUGGUGCCAUGAUAAACAUUGAGCAGGAUAAGUUAUCGUCACACACAGAACUUUUAGAGGGUCUGAAACAGGCUGUGCGACUGGAGAACGCGCGAAAUCCUAAACCACCUUUCAAGUACGUUUAUCUACCGUACACACUCGACGCGGCCAGUCAGAUCGUUCAGGGAACAAUGUACCGUGCGAAUGUGAAGCUUGCGCCAUCGAAAUGUCCAAACAAUUUGAAUGAAACCAGGGAAGGUAUAGAGGCGUGUGGAGUUGAUUUUCUGAAACCGGAUAUUCUAAAGCAAGAAAAAUACUGUAUGUUCGAAAUAUGGUCGCGUCCCUGGCUUGCGGGAAAGGAACGCUUACUGAUUCAGAAAGCGGAGUGUAAAUCAACCGCAGCAACGGGACUACCCCAGCCGUGUCGCUUUCAUGUGACAAUGAAAUUUACGUUCAAUCCGUUGUGUAACUUACAGCCGAAAGGUUGAUCAACGAAUCUGUGACAUGAUGAGCUUAGCUGCAGAUUUUGAAACGCGAAACUAAUAACAGACAGUCAAGUUUAAUCUCAAAAACUGUUUCGCGGAAUCUAGUGUCCUCUAAUUUGUAGUCUGGAGAACGGAACGCUAACCUUGUGAACCCAAGUAUCAGUAUGUUUUAUCUUCACGCUGCUCUCUCUCUAUACUUGUCCUAUGGUACGGAUAAGGAGACUUUGUUUAAUAAUUAAGACCUUGACUUGGCGAUCAUUUGUUUUAUUCUCGUGGCUUUAAUGUUUGAUUUAGAGGUAACUCUGUAAGGAGAGAAAUCACAUGCUUAAACACGAAGGCGCGCUAUAUAAGGAAGUCUUCCCUGGGAAAACCUAGGCUCAUUUGUCACUCACCGUUGA